UGCAGCGGCGCAGGACAGUUCAGAAGAGCAGAGAGGAGAGGAGCAGUGCGGGAGAGACGGUACCCAUCCGUCAAGUAGCUGGAGGAACCCACACUAACAAACCCUUAUGGCUGCUUGAGAAAUAACGAUACACCCCCCCUCCCCCUUUUUCUCUCUUUCUCUGGGACUUUUGGCUUUUGGUGUCGUCCUGACCAGAAGUUGUUGCAAGUCUAAUUAGUUGCUCCAAGUCGAAAAGUGAAUCCACUUGGCGUGGACGUCUCUGGCGGCCAUGGAUACCCAUAUAAGAUGGAAAGUUAAACGGAGGAUAAGAGACGCCCAAAUCACUUUAGCGGUGAUUCUGCUUUUUGUCACAUCGCAAGCAAGUUCAGUGGAACCAGCAGACCUCUUGAAGAUUUUAGAUUUUCACAGUUUACCUGAGGGUGUUACAAAAACAACGGGUUUCUGCUCACAUAGGAGGUCAACACAAGGACCCGAUGUGGCUUACAGAGUAUCCAAAGAUGCCCAGCUCAGCGCCCCCACCAAACAGCUGUAUCCAGGUGAUGUGUUCCCAGAGGACUUUUCCAUCUUGGCCACAGUGAAGCCCAAGAAGGGCAGCCAGUCCUUCCUGUUGUCUGUGUACAAUGAACAGGGCAUCCAGCAGCUCGGACUGGAAGUUGGACGCUCUCCCGUGUUCCUGUAUGAGGACCACACAGGCAAACCCAGCCCCGAGGACUACCCCCUCUUCAGAGGAGUCAACCUAGCUGAUGGAAAGUGGCAUCGAGUGGCCAUCAGUGUGCACAAGCAGACCAUCACCCUCAUUCUGGACUGUAAAAAGAAGACCACCCAGAAGCUGCUCCGAAGUCCCAACCCCAUCAUCGACACCAAAGGAAUUAUAGUGUUUGGAACUAGAAUACUUGAUGAAGAAGUCUUUGAGGGAGACAUCCAGCAGCUAAUGAUUGUAGCAGACCAUCGCGCUGCCUAUGACUACUGUGAGCACUACAGCCCCGAUUGUGAAGUGCCAGUGCCCGAUCAGCCUCAGAACCAGGACCCCAACACAGAUGAAUAUAACACAGAGGAGGACAGCUACUAUUAUGAAUACCCUUACUAUGAGGACGUGGACGGCAAGCCGUAUGAUUCAACCUCUGAUAUUGAGACAACCACAAAAGAAGUUAAGGUGACAGAAACGGAUGGAGUUCGUACGGUGACCACAGUAGAGGAGGUUUUGAGGGGCGGUUCUGGUGGCACCGACGGCAAAGUCCUGACCUCCACCUCCAUCUCUACAAGCUCAUCCUCUGGCACAUCCUCUGGCUCAUCCGCUGGCAGAUCCAGCAGUUCUUCGUCGAGCUCCUCAGGUACUGCCACUGGUGGAGAAGAUGCCUACGGAGAGGAGACCAGCCCUGAGAAUUACGCAGACUAUGGUGACUACUAUUGGGAGUCCACAGUGGCACCUGAUGGUGACACCUCUCGACGUGUCACCAUCACCAGCAUUGGCACCGGGGGUGAGCUGGAUUUGGGAGCAGCGGGCAAGAUUGACUUGGGCGCAGGGACGGGAAUUGAAAGGAGCGUCAUCAGCAGGGAAGCAGGAACAUCAAAAAUCAUCUCCAGCAAUGAAACAUCAGUGGGAGUUUCUGAUGGUGACUACGGCUACGAAUAUGAGGAUGGUGUGGACAGCCAUUACGCCACUGGUGGAGGUGGCAGCAGCAGUACAGUUCACAUUGGUGGUGGAGGAAGCUCUAGCAGCAGCACUGUGCACAUCGGUGGCGGAGGUGGUGGUGACGGAAGCAGCAGCAGCACAGUUCACACCAGUAGUGGAGGAGGCGGGAGGGGCAGCAGCAGUUCUACCAUCACCAUCGGAAGCGGGUCCACCGGAGGAGGUUCUGCCUCUGUGGGAGGAUCCUCUGCUGCUGGAGGUGGAUCGGCCAGCGCCGGCACUGGAGCAGGGGGGUCCAUCGCCACCGGAACAGACCUGGGCUUGGAGGGCGAGCUUGACUACGGUGAUCUGGAUCAGUUCACGGAGGAGCACAUCACAGACUAUGGUGAUUUAGAAGACUUUGAGAACAGCUAUGAAGAUCUGGUAUUCGAGAGAGACCGCCAACCGCUGCCUGCUGAGACGGAUGAGUAUUAUGGACAGGUCGACGGAGCUCGUGGUGAGAAGGGACAGAAGGGAGAGCCUGCUGUUAUUGAGCCUGGAAUGUUGGUGGAGGGUCCGCCUGGGCCUGAAGGGCCAACAGGUCUCCCUGGACCCCCAGGUGCUUCUGGCCCACCAGGCAGUCCCGGAGAUCCUGGAGAGAGGGGUCCUGCGGGUCGUCCUGGUCUUCCUGGUGCUGAUGGUCUGCCAGGACCCCCUGGCACUGUCCUGAUGCUGCCUUUCAGAUUCAGCUCUGGAGGUGACUCUGGACAGAAGGGACCUGCUGUAUCAGCACAGGAGGCCCAGAUGCAAGCAAUCAUGCAGCAGGCUAGGCUGGCUAUGCGCGGCCCUACAGGUCCAAUGGGUCUGACCGGCAGACCCGGCCCUCUGGGUCCUCCUGGUGUAACAGGAAUUAAGGGAGAGUCUGGAGAGGCAGGACCUCAGGGACCACGUGGACCAAUGGGAUCCACUGGACCCACUGGAAAGCCUGGCAGAAGGGGUCGCCCUGGAGCCGAUGGUGCCAGGGGCAUGCCAGGACAGUCUGGACCCAAGGGAGACAGAGGGUUUGAUGGUCUGGCUGGACUUCCUGGUGAAAAAGGACACAGAGGUGAACCUGGUCCCUCUGGACCUCCUGGUGGUCCUGGAGAAGAUGGAGAGAGGGGAGAUGAUGGUGAGGUCGGACCCAGGGGACUUCCUGGUGAACCAGGGCCCCGGGGUUUGCUCGGACCAAAGGGACCUCAGGGACCUCCCGGACCCCCUGGUGUUACUGGAAUGGAUGGCCACCCUGGACCUAAAGGAAACAUUGGACCUCAAGGAGAGCCAGGACCUCCUGGACAGCAAGGCAACCCAGGUGCCCAGGGACUUCCAGGGCCCCAAGGAGCCAUUGGACCUCCAGGAGAUAAGGGUCCCACUGGAAAGCCAGGCUUGCCAGGAAUGCCAGGAGCUGAUGGUCCACCGGGUCACCCUGGAAAGGAGGGCCCCCCUGGGGAGAAAGGACACCUGGGCCCUGCUGGCCCUCAAGGACCCAUUGGUUAUCCUGGGCCCCGAGGCGUGAAGGGAGCCGAUGGUGUACGCGGUCUUAAAGGAAACAAGGGUGAAAAGGGAGAAGAUGGCUUCCCUGGCUUCAAGGGAGAUAUGGGUAUCAAGGGCGACAGGGGGGAGAUUGGAUCACUAGGACCCAGGGGAGAAGAUGGUCCAGAGGGGCCAAAGGGUCGAUCAGGUCUCCCAGGAGAUGCUGGUCCUCUUGGCCCCACUGGUGAGAAGGGAAAACUUGGAGUUCCCGGAUUGCCAGGAUACCCAGGAAGACAAGGACCAAAGGGAUCUCAGGGUUUCCAAGGUUUCCCUGGCGCCAAUGGAGAGAAAGGAACUCGGGGAACAGCAGGAAAGCCUGGCCCACGCGGACAGAGAGGACCAACGGGGCCUAGAGGAGAGAGAGGGCCAAGGGGACCAACAGGAAAAGCUGGACCAAAGGGUAACUCAGGAAAUGACGGCCCACCAGGACCUCCUGGUGAGAGGGGUCUGCCAGGGCCUCAGGGACCAACAGGUUUCCCAGGACCAAAGGGUCCUCCUGGACCUGCAGGGAAAGACGGACUGCCUGGACAUCCUGGCCAGAGAGGAGAGACUGGAUUCCAAGGCAAGACUGGUCCUCCUGGUCCUCCAGGUGUGGUUGGACCUCAGGGACCAACAGGUGAGACUGGACCAAUGGGAGAUCGGGGCCACCCUGGACCCCCUGGCCCACCUGGUGAGCAGGGUCUACCUGGAGCUGCAGGGAAAGAAGGAGCCAAGGGUGAUCCCGGUCCUGCUGGCCCAGCAGGUAAGGACGGCCCUCCUGGGCCAAGAGGUUUCCCUGGAGAGAGAGGUCUUCCUGGCCCUGUGGGGGCUCAUGGCCUGAAAGGGAAUGAAGGUCCUCAUGGCCCCCCUGGCCCUGCUGGUUCUCCUGGUGAACGUGGUCCUGCUGGCCCAGCUGGACCUACAGGUCUUCCUGGACGUCCUGGCCCCCAGGGACCUCCAGGCCCUGCUGGAGAGAAAGGUGGACCGGGAGAAAAAGGACCUCAAGGCCCAGCUGGAAGAGAUGGUAUUCAGGGACCUGUGGGUCUGCCUGGACCUGGAGGACCUCCUGGACCACCUGGAGAGGAUGGAGACAAGGGAGAACUUGGAGAGCCAGGCCAGAAAGGAAGCAAGGGUGACAAAGGAGAACAUGGUCCACCUGGUCCUACUGGCCCUCAAGGACCUGUUGGAGCGCCUGGUCCUGCUGGUGCAGAUGGUGAGCCUGGUCCCAGAGGUCAGCAGGGUCUGUUCGGCCAGAAGGGAGAUGAAGGAGCAAGAGGAUUCCCUGGACCCCCAGGCCCAGUUGGGCUGCAGGGCUUGCCUGGACCACCUGGUGAGAAAGGUGAAACUGGAGAUGUUGGUCAAAUGGGUCCACCUGGCCCCCCUGGUCCCAGAGGCCCCUCAGGACCCCCCGGGGCCGAUGGCCCACAGGGACCUCCUGGCGGUAUCGGCAAUCCUGGCGCUGUAGGAGAAAAGGGAGAUGCUGGUGAAACAGGAGAGCCAGGUCUUCAGGGCGAAGUUGGCCCACCAGGUCCAAGAGGAGAACGAGGAGAAAAGGGAGAGUCUGGUCCGGCUGGUGCAGCUGGACCUCCCGGCCCUAAAGGUCCCCCUGGAGAUGAUGGUCCUAAAGGCAGCCCAGGUCCAAGUGGUUUCCCUGGUGACCCUGGUCCCCCUGGAGAGCCUGGUCCCGCUGGGUUGGACGGUCCACCUGGUGACAAGGGAGAUGAUGGAGAGUCUGGUCAGGCUGGUUCACCUGGACCCACUGGAGAGUCUGGUCCCUCUGGACCACCAGGAAAGAGAGGACCGCCUGGAGCAGCAGGACCUGAGGGAAGACAAGGAGAGAAAGGAGCCAAGGGAGAGUCUGGCUUGGAAGGUCCCCAAGGAAAGACAGGUCCUGUUGGUCCUCAAGGAUCACCUGGCAAGCCUGGUUCUGAAGGCCUGAGGGGUAUCCCUGGCCCAGUUGGAGAGCAAGGUCUACCCGGUCCUCCAGGCCCAGAUGGACCUCCCGGACCUAUGGGCCCUCCUGGUUUACCUGGUUUGAAAGGAGACUCAGGUGUCAAAGGAGAAAAGGGCCAUCCAGGUCUUAUUGGUCUUAUCGGACCCCCAGGGGAACAGGGAGAAAAGGGUGACAGAGGUCUUCCUGGUCCUCCAGGAGGAGGUGGUCCCAAAGGCGAUAAUGGUAUUGCUGGUCCCUCAGGUCCACUUGGUCCCCUGGGUCCUCCCGGAUUACCUGGUCCUCCUGGUCCCAAAGGAGCUAAAGGGUCAUCGGGUCAAACUGGACCAAAGGGAGAGACUGGUUCACCUGGACUUCCUGGCCCUCCUGGCCCUCCUGGCGAUGUUAUCCACCCACUCCCCAUCCAGGCUCCCAUUAAGGGCAGAAUGCGUAGGAACAUCGAUGCCAGCCAGAUGAUGGACGAUGCAGCUGUGGAUGCCAACUACAAGGACUAUGACGACGGCAUGGAGGAAAUCUUUGGCUCGCUAAACUCCCUGAAACUAGAGAUCGAGCAGAUGAAGCACCCCCUGGGCACACAGAGCAACCCUGCUCGUACCUGCAAGGAUCUGCAGCUCUGCCACCCUGACUUCCCUGAUGGUGAGUACUGGAUUGAUCCAAACCAGGGCUGUUCUCGGGACUCCUUCAAGGUGUACUGCAACUUCACUUCAGGUGGAGAGAGCUGCAUCUUCCCAGAUAAGAAGUCUGAAGGGGCUAGGCUCACAUCCUGGGUAAAGGAAAAUCCCGGCUCCUGGUUCAGUGAAUUCAAACGUGGUAAACUGCUGUCUUACGUGGAUGUGGAGGGCAACCCGAUCGGCGUGGUCCAGAUGACUUUCUUGCGGUUGCUGAGCGCAGCAGCCAGACAGAACAUGACGUACAACUGCUACCAGUCGGUGGCCUGGCACGACCAGGAUCAGGACAACCACGACAAGGCCAUCCGCUUCCUGGGCUCCAACGAUGAAGAGAUGUCUUACGACAACAACCCGUACAUCCGCGCCCUGGUCGAUGGCUGUGCGUUGAAAAAGGGCUAUGAAAAGACAGUACUUGAGAUCAACACACCAAAGGUGGAACAGGUGCCAUUUGUGGACAUCAUGUUCAACGAUUUUGGUGGUUCCACGCAGAAGUUUGGAUUCGAAGUGGGCCCUGUCUGUUUCAUCGGCUAAGACUGUUGACUGAGCAAAUGGAGAAAAAAAAGCAUAUUUUUGUUUUCUCAGAAAAAAAAACAAUUGAAAAAGAAUAGGACAAUUCUAUUUGUAAAAAAGUAACUUUUUUUUCCAUAAAGCAACAAGUAUGAGUAAAAUGAAAUCAAGUUGAGAAUACAGUGAAAUUCUUUAGGAAUAGAGGAAAACAAAAUAACCUUGAAACCUCAGUGUGCCUUCUCCAUCACAUGCAAGUUUUGAAACUGGAUGUCAGAUCCUGCCUCCUACACAACACACUCGAGCACGCACACACCCACCCACACACACCUAGCCCCAUGUCAUCACACUUGAUUUAGACUUUUUUGUCCCAAACACGAAGGCGGCGCUGAGAGCUGCAGCCGUUCCAGACGGUCGCAGUAUUUGCCAUGGACUCCAUCUGAUUUGGCUCUUUUCUCUUCUUUAGUUCUGAUCUCAUGUUUUCCCUCAUCUCCCUGGCUUUUUCCACUUGUCGUUUGUUGGUUUGUUUGCCAGUUCACUACAGGAGCUCUGUUUGUGCAUAAUUGUCUCCCCAUUCUCUUGGAAUGGAUCUUAUAUAUAUAAAUAUAUAUAAAUAAUUUUUAUGUUUGUAAGUACAUUCUGUAUAUUUUUCCUGGUAAUGUUUAUUGCUUCUGGCUUCAAAACAUGCAUGUGACUUUUUAUUAAUUGUGAGGUAGGAGAUAAUGGAUACAGGGAUAACAUCUAAAUUGCAGAAAUAUCGAAAGUGAGGAAAUUAGACUUGUAAAUUGAAAAACAAAAAAAACAAACAAACAAAUUGGGAAGUCCUGUGUUGUUGCAGUUGUGGAGCACAUCUUGUUGUAAUUUAAGAACGGAAUGGAAAUAAAAGACAAAAACAAGCUCUGAUAUUAUGUGACAGUUGAUUUGCAUAACAAACAAAAAACCCCAAUGCAUUCCUUCUUUUGUUCCCUCUGAACAGAACACCUACCUUUGUCGCAAUAUCAUUAACUUAAUAAACAGCUUCUUUUUCCCCCUGAAAUAUUCAUCUGACUAUGCAACGGGAGAUGUCACAUUUUAUUGAAAACUCAAAGAAAUCAAAACCUAGGUGCUAUUUUCUCUCUUCUGUGGUGCUAUGUAUUUUUCUAGUUUGUGUUGUUUGAAUGAAAGGAAAUUUGUGCUGAUAAUAUUCCAUCACCAGCAGCCCCUUGACUCUCUUAACCACCACAUCUGACACAUGUGGACCUUUGCUGCAGCCAUUUUUAUUUUCUUUUUUUUUUUUUUCUGUUUUAUUUUAGAAUUAGCUUCGGUGUUUGCAUGCCGUUUCCCUACAUAUCCGCUCACAGAUCAGUGCAGCCUGGCGGCGUAUGUUAUCUCCUGCUUCGGCAGACCGCGUAAAUAAGAAAACGUGUCUGACAACUGUACCAAAUGUUGGAAUAUCGAAAGGAAACUAAGAUGGUGCUGUUGGCUUUGCAUAUCACUCCUCUAAGACACUGCGUUUUGGCUCUUGCUGUUGGAUCGUCUGGGCCACAUCAAACUGAUGUAGUUGAGGAAUGGGAAUGUUCUGACUGGGCCAGAGCGUCCACAUGGAUAUGGUCCAGUGUCUUGUUUGAUGUAUGAAAUCCUAAACCCCUCCACCAAAGGUUAUCACAUAUACAUUUAGCUUUAAGUGGCUUGAAACGUGUUCGUAGGGGAAACAACUUGAAAAGUCCUUUUUCUUGAUUCAGCCACAGUAAGUGGUCAUCAGAUUAGCAAGAUGAAAGAGUUUGCCCAUGCAGCGUCAAAAAUUGCUUGUCUGCCUACUAUCUUUGCCCUUACUGUAAUUAUGCUCUUUGUUCAAACUAUGCACUCUCUAUGCUUAUGACCACUAGUAUGUACCACAGAAUUUUUACAGCCCUUCAUACAUAGGUUUGUUUUGUUUCCUUUUUUUUUUUUUUUUUAAAUCUUCAAAUAUGUGACUUGAACCAUUUCUGUUAAGAUAACUCAAUAUGCUUGUAGAUCUUUGGCUUUAUUUUUCAUUGUGAUGCAAUACACCCAAACUUAACACUUAGCGCUCAAUAAGGACAAACAAAUUUUUUGUAAAUUUCCAGAACCAGCAGUAAUGCUGCCAUUGUUUUUUUUGUUGUUUUGGUUUUGGUUUUAUUUUGUAGAUUUCCGUUUGUCUGUCUGUCUGUCUGUUUGUCAAACCUGUGUAAGGAUAAGAGGAUAGAAGAUAUAUUGGUUUUUAUGUCAAUAAAUUCAAGUUUACUGUGGCCAUCCACUCUUGUAUGUCUUUUGAAGCAUUAAAACCUAUCUGUAUGCAUGAAA